UUGUAAAUAUAAUAAACUUUAAAUAUGAAUGCUUUUAUAAGUCGCUCUCUAAUAAAUUAUAUGAAAUGAAAUGUAAAUGCUUUUGGCUUUAACUGUUAGAAAGCAGUUGCUAUUGUGUUGUGUUUUUCUUUAUACAUGGCAUUAUCAGGAUAAUUACUUAAAAUGGCACAACUCACUUUCACACAGUCAGAAACAAGUAGACUGACAUCUAAUAUUACUUUUGAUUCUUAAUGGUUAAGCCAACCUUAAGACAAAUAAUUUUUGGCAUUCAGGCUUUUUAAAACUUUUACUAGGUUUGUUGCAGAAGAUGAUUAUUUAUAAUUUGUUUAAUUUUUGUUAAAUCCCAAUAUUAUAUGACAAGUCAUUUUAGGCAAAACAAGGAUCAUAUGUAAAAUGUAUACCUUCUUUAGAAAUAUUUAAACUGCACCAACCGAUAUAGGGCAUUAGCACAUUGCUAUGAUUCAUUUUGCUCUGUUUGUAACUGGAGAAGCCCACUUAUUUCCAUCUGCAUUUGGUGUUUUAUUCAGGUCGCGUAGCUGCAAUACAUAAUAUUGGUAAUUAGUAUAAUAUGUGAUAUUCAUGAGAGAUAUGGUAUUAUCCUCAGUCAAAUGUGAUACUUGACAGGUAUUUUUUGGAUUUAAUUCAUUUUUAAGGGAAAUUAUGGGUUGUAAACUGUCAAAGCUGCAUUUGGAGGUUGUUUUUGUUGUACUUUUGAAACAACAGUACUUUAUUUUAGUUGGUACAUUUUCUACUGCUGGAUUUUAAGUGAUUAACAUUUUGUAAAAAUGACAAUUAUGAAAGCUAUGUUUUUAACAAAAGUAAUAACUAAAAUCUUUCAAAUUUAGUUUUGUGAUCUUUAAUAUGUAUGGUUUUAAAGUGUUUUUAAUACAUUUUUGCUGUACUCAUCUAAUGCUUAAAUUUUUAAAUGCAGAUGCCUCGAGGGAAAUCUUACCGAAGAUCUGUAGCAGCUCGCCGCCGGAUGGAAACAGCUGGAGUCCAUCGAGUAGGAAUCCCAGAGACCUCCAGUGGUUUUGUUUCACGGAGAGGAACGGGCUGGAGACAUCGGGUUAAUGACUGGCCCUCCAGUUCAUUUACUAACCAUUUUCACAAGUUGGUCAUUCCGGAGGAGCGGUCUGAUGGAAAAUUUGUGCUGCUGAUUGGCGCGUCUCAUCUGCGAUCGUUUGCUGAUGGGAUUGUAAAGAUUUCGGAUGGGUGCCUUGAUUUUGGAGUGAUGUGCACUCCUAGGGCAGCUGCAGCUGACUUGCGUAUCGAGGCCUACCACGCUGUUGUUCCCCGUCAACCUGACGCUGUUUGUGUAACAGCUCCUUCAAACAAUCUUACUGCGUCCCUUAAUCCAGAUGAAGCGGGAGAGGAAUUUGAGAAGUACCUUUUGACUGUCUUGUAUCGUUGGCCGAAGGUCUUUUGUAUUGGUUUUCCGCUGCGCUUGACCGAAUCUGUGGAGAAGCAGAAUUUGUUUCAGCAAGAAUUUCAUCGCAGGGCAGCAAAGCUUGGUAUCCCCUAUUUUCCUGUGGCUGAAUACUUUCCUUUGAAGCGUCUGGAUCUCUGGAGCCGUGAUGGGAUCCACCUUAGCGAUGACUACGGCAUGCCUAUUCUCAAGAAACUCCUGUGGAUUUAUGCAAAUCGAUAUCUUGAAAUGUUGGAACCAAAGCCACCGGUGCAGAGUCAGGCAGCUACUGCUUACAAGCCAAGAUUUGUGCCUCGCAUUGUCGUAAAAGGGGAGGAAAGAAGGGUCCCAUCUUUGCCGUCUUCCGAGUGGAGGGUAGUGAGAUCUGGCAGGAAGAGGAACCACCCAGGGGAAAUGGAAUCUUCUUAUUCGCAGAAGAAAAGAGUGGUUCAUCACAAGAUUCAUGGGACUCGAGUAGUCUUGAGAGAGUGUUCCGUACCGCUGAAUCCUUCCCGUUUUUCACCUGACAUCUUGGUUGCCAUGGAAACGGUCUCUCCAUCAGACCUUUCAGAUGUUCACCCAGGCAUUGAGGUAAUUUACAGAAGACUGGAAGUAGCA